AUGAAAAGAAAAGAAGCCUCUCAGCAUAUGCUGACUUGUUCUUCAGCAUCAGAUGAACAUGGUUUGGAAGCAAGCCAGCAGAAAAGAAGAGAAACUGUUGGUGAUGAAUAUGGUCUGUGGGUAUCAGCUCUUGAGCAAGGAGAACUGAGUAUCAUGAAGAACCAUCGGUCUCUGAUCGCCUCCGCGGCCGCGAUGGCGCUGCUGUGCUUGGCUGUGGCCGAGCCCGUCCCUUAUGGCGGCGGACGGAAAGGCCACGGCGGGUCCGGGUCUGGCUUUGGCAGUGGAGGAGCCGGGGGUAGAGGAAGAGGAGCUGGUGGAUCAGGCUUCGGAAGUGGAGGAAGUGGAUCUAGUUCCGGUGGAUCAGGCUUCGGAAGUGGAGGAAGUGGUUCCAGCACUGGUGGAUCAGGUUUUGGAAGUGGAGGACUGGGAUCCAGCACUGGUGGAUCAGGUUUUGGAAGUGGAGGGUCAGGCUUAGGGGGUGCCGGUAGUGGGUCUAGUGGAUUUGGAUCAGGCUCUGGGAGUGGAGGAUUAGGUGGAUCAGGAUUGGGUGGAAGCGGAGGUGGUGCUGGACAAGGUUACAGCGGCAGCGGUGUUGGUGGCAGUGGAGGCCUUGGAGGAGCUGGUGGAAGUCUUGGGGUGGCAGCAGUUUUGGUCCACAGGUGGACUUGGUGGCAGUGGAGGCGUUGGUGGCGGCAGUGGCUUGGUGGGGGCAGAGUGGCAGUGGAGGAGUUGGUGGCAGCCAUGGAAGUGGUGGAAGCCUUGGAGGUGGCAGCAGUUUCGGUUCCAGCGGAGGACUUGGAGGCAGCGGAGGUCUUGGAGGUAGUGGUGGCUUCGGAGGUAGUGGCGGAGUUGGUGGCAGCAGUGGUGACUUCGGAGGAGGCAGUGGCAGCGGCCUGGGUGGUUCUGCAGGCGGAAGCAAAGGCGGAAGCGGCCACCUUAGCACCAGUUACGGCGUGGUCACACGAGUUUUACAUGAAGAGAAAAGAAGCCUCUCAGCAUAUGCUGACUUGUUCUUCAGCAUCAGAUGAACAUGGUUUGGAAGCAAGCCAGCAGAAAAGAAGAGAAACUGUUGGUGAUGAAUAUGGUCGUGUGAAGCGCUUUUAG